AUGAGUGAUUGUGGUUUAUGUCCGAUAUGUUGGGCAGAUCUUGUCCAUGAAAAAAUUUCAGCCUUGCUUUGUGGUCACACUUUCCAUUAUAACUGUGUAACGGACUGGUUACAGAAGUCGGGAGCUUGCCCACAGUGCCAACAGCCCUUCCAGCCGAUCGAUGUUAUCCGACUACUUUUCUUUUUUGAUCGGAAACGAGAAGCAGUGGCGGCUUCGGAUGUACCCGAUGAUAAAGAGGCGUUGAAACAGAUGGUUGUCGAUAUGCAGCAAACGAUGGGUGUUGUGGUAAAAGGUCUGGAGACCGCAUAUGAAAUUGGUGAAGUCCUCAGACAACAGCGACAGGAGUUGAAGAUUUUGAUCGACGACAUUCAGAAGACAACGGACGCUAUACAAAGUGCUGAUUUAAAAGACGAGAAUAAAGUGGUGUCACUUACAAAUAAAAAACAAGCCGUUGAAAAGUUGCUGGUCGAGAUACGAAGAAAGCUGGAUAGUGAAUCAGAAAAAAGCGUAAAAUGUGAUGAAAGUUUGAAGACGGUGCCUGGAGAGAAGAGCCAACUGUGGCUGUGGCAACAAAAAUGCAAUGAAAGUCAAACAGUGAGGCUUGAGGAGAUUCCGAAGGCUCAACGGAGUUAG